UAUUGUCUCAAAAAUGGCCGCUGUUGUCCAUGUGUUUCGAGCUGACAGAAGGAUUCCUUUGAUUUGAUUCCUCGUUGUUUGCUUUUCAUAACAUUGAUACUAUUAAAGUCACUUCAUACCUGAAAUACAAACGCUCGGAUAAUACAUUAGCUUGUAAGAAUGCCUCACAGAAAGAAGAAAGCCUUCAUCAGUAAGGAGAACGCAGUGUCCUUCCACCUGGUGCACAGAAGUCAGAAAGAUCCGCUGGCAGCAGACGAGACUGCACCUCAGCAUGUCCUUCUACCCGCUGUCAAGGUGGAGGUGGAGAAGAGGAAACAGGAACAGCGCAAGUUCGGAGUGUUUUUUGAUGACGACUACGAUUACCUGCAGCACCUGAGAGAGGCGCCCCAGCCCACAGAGCUGGUCUCUGCUCCUCGCUUACGCAGAGACGCACGACCAAAACCUGCAGAGGAUGAAGAGGACAUGGAGGAAGAGGACGUCAACGUCCCUACGGCCUCCAUCAAACUGCCCUCAUCUGUGUUCGCGUCUGAGUUUGAAGAGGAAGUGGGUUUAUUAAACAAAGCAGCUCCUGUUUCAGGGCCGCGGUUGGAUAUGGAUCCUGACAUUGUCGCUGCGCUGGAUGAGGACUUUGAUUUUGACAACCCAGAGAACAUGCUGGAAGAUGACUUCAUCAUCAAAGCCAAUGACAUCAUGGGCGACGGCGUGGGUGGUGAUGAUGAUGAUGAAUGGGAGGACACUGAUGAGGAGCAAGAUUAUGAUUCAGAAGGUGGUCUGUCAGAGGAUGAGGAAGGCGGCCGGAGAGAGUUCAUGUUUGCCGACUGUGAGACGAAGAGUCGUUUCACAGAGUAUUCGCUCACAUCCUCCGUCAUGAGGAGGAAUGAGCAGCUCACGCUUCUAGACGACCGCUUCGAGAAGUUUUACGAGCAGUUUGACGAUGAUGAGAUCGGCGCACUGGAUAACGCAGAGCUGGAGGGCUACAUCGAACCGGACAGCAAGCGACUGGAGGAGGUCUUCAAAGAUUACUUCAUACAGAAAGAGAAAGAGUGUCAGAGACCAGAUCAGCUGGGUUCUGCAGAGCUGCCCUCUGUGAGAGAGGAAGACGAGGAGGAUGAAGAGGUGGAGAUCGAGACGAUGGUCAUUGAGCCUCCUACAGAGAACUGGGACUGUGAGACCAUCAUCAGUACAUACUCCAACCUCUACAACCGGCCCAAACUGAUCCAGGACCCUCCAAAGCCCAAGCAGAUCCGAGUGUCCGAUAAGACAGGGAUUCCUCUGGACGUCCUGCCGAAACGAGGCCUGACGGCCAAACAGGUGGAGAGGAUGGAGAGGAUCAACGACUCGGACCUGCCCCGAGCCUCCACGCAGCCCCGCUCACGGGAAGAGAGCGCAGAGGAGAGGAGAGCCAGGAAACAGGCCAUCAAGACGGAGAGGAAGGAGAGGAGGUCGGAGAAGAAAACAAACAAACUGGCAUUCAAACAGGAGAAACAGAUGCAGGAGAAGCAGAUGGUUAAUUUAAGAGCAAACGUUCAGGGCCUGAAGCUCUCGUAGGACUGCAGAGACGCUCCAGAGACUGUCGACAUCACUGCAAUGUUUCCAACACCAGCGGAGACUACAGGACCUCACUGAAGACACGUCACUUCACAGGUUACACUGUUGCAGUGCGUGAUGAUGACAUAAUUUUCCUUACCAGAACUUCCAUGUUUGUUUGACUCAUACAGCGAGUUCUUGAAUGACGUUUUUGAAUAGUGUUGCCAUGGAAACAUCAUAACAAAUGGAAUCUAUAGAAACUGUUCUAUUUAAGUUUGACUGUUUGAAGGUAAACAGGUUUGAAGGUGAACGUGAGUUCAUUUCUUAAUGACCCAGCAGCAUUUUUUGUACAAAAAGGUAAACAUUCAUCAUAUUCAAAGGUUUUCAACCAGUUAUAUUAAAAAAACAACAACACACAAGUAUUAUUUUUUCCAUAGAAUCCCGUUCAGCUUUUAAUAAAAACACAAUAUGAAAAAAAAAAAACAUUUUCACCAGUGGCACAAUAUUGAACUUAAUGCAAACUAUCUCUUGUCCUCUCCCAUCAUUGUUAUGCAAAGUGCAUAAAUGCCAUUCACAGGAUUUGAACAAUAAACAACUUUGACCUCAAAA